AUGGAUAGUACUGCUAUAGCGUUAUCGUUGAUAAAACAAGGCAUGAAUACAACCACUAUGGCAACUAGCGGAUUGAACAAUACAACAACAGCACAAGAGAAUACCACAGUGAUUAUAAACGACUACAAUUUGCCAUGGUGGCAACAACUGAUAUUCAUAACGUUAUUUGUAGUGAUUAUAAUAGUUGCGGCUGGUGGCAACAUCAUAGUUAUCUGGAUUGUAUUAGCCCAUAAACGAAUGCGGACGGUAACAAAUUAUUUUUUGGUUAAUUUGGCCGUUGCCGAUGCGAUGAUCUCUAUUCUCAAUACCUUGUUUAACUUUUUGUUUGUGCUCUAUCAGAAUUGGUGGUUUGGUGAAGACUAUUGUAAAUUUUCAAUGUUUAUAUCGCCAUGUACAAUCAGUGUCAGCGUUUUUACCUUUAUGGCUAUUGCCAUUGACAGGUAUAUGGCCAUCAUUCAUCCGUUAAAGCCUCGGUUAACAGGACGCAUUGUACUCACUAUAAUCGUUGCUAUCUGGAUAGCCUCGUUUCUCCUGGCUUUACCUAAUCUACUGUAUGCUACAGUUUAUGAUGUUCCCAAACAAGACGGUACUGUCAGGUCAAUAUGUUAUCUGGAAUGGCCAGAUGGUGGCGCUUCUAAAAGUCUCGCAGCUGAUUUGGCAUAUAAUAUAUUGCUGAUGAUUGUCAACUAUUUCUUGCCGAUGAUGACUCUAGCUUGCACCUAUACCCGAAUAUCGUGGGAGCUGUGGGGAAGCCAAGCUAUAGGUGAAACUGUACCGAUGCAGGCCGAACGGGUUAAAAGUAAAAGAAAGGUAGUAAAGAUGAUGAUUGUAGUUGUAUUGAUAUUUGCUGUCUGUUGGUUUCCAAUGCAUCUAUAUUUUAUUCUAACCAAUGUCAAACCAUCUAUAGUCUUUAUGGAGAACAUUCAGCAGUUUUAUUUGAUAAUCUAUUGGCUGGCUAUGAGUAAUUCCAUGUACAAUCCUAUAAUAUACUGUUGGAUGAACGCCCGAUUUCGCCAUGGGUUUAUAAGAUUUUUCCGCUGUUCACCAUGCCGACAAAAGAAGAAACGCCACGUUGGUCAUGAUAGAGCUUUUUACUCGACUCGUCUCAGCAGUGCAUCGGAGAAAUAUGAACGUAACGGAUCGCUGAUGCACACGCAGAUGGAUAGUUUGGAUGAUACAACGUCUACGCCAAGUGUGUACAGAAUGCACCCAAUAAAACAACGUACAAUACGUGAUGACUCAAUCUGA